ACCACAUAAGCUGAAGCAGGCCUCACAGGGGUUGAUCCCCACAGUUACCUUUGCUCAUUAGUCUUUGUGCGGGGGCCAAUUGGCCGCCUCCUCGCAGUGUUCUAGAAUAUACAACAUGUUCUGUCUUCUUCAUGCUUCAUUUAUCUAAGAAAGUGCAUUACUGUUCUUUGAAGAUGUGGGUAAAUCCCAUUGUUCUUGUCCACACGGCCUUGUCAAACUCACACAGACUGUAGCGGGGAGAGCUUCGAUCACAUGACGCCUGUAGGAAUCAGCUGAUGGGCUCUCGGGGAGCAUGCAAUGCCACAGUUGACAUGUUUGUCUGAUUACCCCCCCCCCCCCUCUCUCUCUUGCCCCUGGAUUAAUAAGCACAAAACCAUAUAAAAGAAUAACAUUUAGACACUGUUAUCAGCAUAACCUGCACUGGUGAACGCUGAACAAUUGCUCUAAUUGUAAGGUAACUAGUAUAAAGUGUGUCUAAUGGAUCUCCUAAUUUUGACUGUUUCGUGUGUUUUUUUUUUUUUUUUGCGAUCGCAGGGCUUGAGGGUGCACCAGCGGCAGUGUUCUGAGUUCCAAUGCCAGUUGACAUGCAGCCACAUCAUGGGCUGUAUCACUAUGAGUCUGCUCCCAACCAGCCGUCACGCGGCCUAGCUCCCUCGGGUAGAUCUGCGUAUGGUGACGUGGCCCCGCUCCGCGCCACCACACACAACGGCCACCCUCCCGACAGCAGGGCCAUGUACAACCCCAUGACCCCAAACAUGACGCCCAACAUGAACCCUGGCUCCUGCAUGGACUCCUCCUACAUGCGCCCCCCUCACGCCCCACCACCGCACAGCAUGCUGGGACACCGCGGGGGCAUGACUGCGGCAGAAGGAGUGAGUGGCAGCCCGUACUGCAGUCAGGGGAACCUGAUGUCCCACCACAGCUUCGCUCACGGCCAGCCAGGCUCCGAGCUCCUGGGCUCUGCUGACGGCUCUCGUUUCGCCACUCCACGCUCCAUUCUGAAGUUGAGUAAGAAGCGCGCCCUCUCCAUCUCUCCGCUGUCGGAUGCCAGCGUGGAUUUGCAGACGGUCAUCCGCACUUCACCCAACUCCCUGGUGGCCUUCGUCAACUCGCGCUGCGGCCCCAACAGUGCCAGCUCCUACGGCCAUCUGUCCGUGGGUGCCAUGAGUCCGUCCAUGGGUUUCUCAGGUUCCAUGAACUACCAGUCCAGGCAACAGAGCUCUAUGUAUGGGGGGAACACCCCUCUCGGACACCCCCAGGGACCCUGCCAUGCACCCCCUCCCCGAUUACCACCCCAUAACCCUCGGCUCCACGCCCCAAAGCAUGGACAUAUGAAGACAGAGCCGGUGCUGGGCAGUGUGAUGGACGUCAUCAACAUGAAGAGUCUGGAUGAACACUCAGAGGGAGAUUUGGCCAGUCCAUCCUCAACGGGGACACAGGACCCUCUCCACUGUCUCCUGGACGGCCGCGAGGAUCUGGAUAAGGAGGAUGGCAAGGUGGAGCCAGAGGCCAUUUACGAGACCAACUGCCACUGGGAGAGCUGCACCAAGGAGUUUGACACACAGGAGCAACUAGUGCAUCACAUAAACAACGAGCACAUCCACGGCGAGAAGAAGGAGUUUGUGUGCCACUGGGACGAUUGCUCCCGCGAGCAGCGGCCCUUCAAGGCCCAGUACAUGCUGGUGGUGCACAUGCGCCGGCACACUGGGGAGAAGCCUCAUAAGUGCACUUUUGAAGGUUGCAAUAAGGCGUACUCACGCCUGGAGAAUCUGAAGACUCACCUCCGCUCACACACUGGGGAGAAGCCCUAUGUGUGUGAGCACGAGGGCUGCAAUAAGGCUUUCUCUAACGCCUCCGACCGGGCCAAGCACCAGAACCGCACUCACUCAAAUGAGAAACCCUAUGUAUGUAAGAUCCCCGGAUGCAUCAAACGUUACACAGACCCCAGCUCUCUCCGCAAGCACGUCAAAACAGUACACGGACCAGAGGCUCACAUCACCAAGAAGCACCGCGGAGACACAGGACCUCGACCUCUAGGAUCUGCAAUGACCCCUGGGGGUCAAGGGUCAGAGUUGCUCCAGGAGAAGGAGGAAACUCGCAGGGAGGACUGCCAGCUCCUUGCCCCAGAGAAUGCCCUGAAGUCCCAGCCCAGUCCUGGGGGCCAAUCAUCGUGCAGCAGUGAACGCUCCCCCCUGGGCAGUGCCAACAACAAUGACAGCGGUGUGGAGAUGAACCUCAAUGCAGCGGGCAGCCUGGAGGACCUCACUGCUUUGGAGGACGGAGCAGGGACCACGGGGACCGGCGAGGCCAGCUGUGGCGCAGGCUCAGGAGGCCUGGGAAUGUCUGCUCAGGCCCUGAAGAGGCUGGAGAAUCUGAAGAUUGACAAGCUGAAGCAGAUCCGUCGGCCUACGCCACCUGGACGAGGCAUGGGGAACAGUAAGCUGCCCACUCUCAAUGCGUCUGGCGGGGACUUAAUGGGAAUGUGUGCCCCCUCUCCGGUGCUCUCUAAUCGCCGUGUGAUGGAGCUGUCCAAUCCUGAGGUUGGGGGUGGAGCCGGGGCCAUGUCGUGCCCGGCCAACGACCGGCGCGGCAGCGGCACCAGCAGCCUGAGCUCCGCCUACACCGUCAGCCGGCGCUCGUCCAUGGUGUCGCCGUACCUGUCCAGCCGCCGCUCCAGCGACGUCUCCCAGAUGGGCGCCCCAGGCCUCUCCCAGGGCAUGAUGGGUCAGGACCUGGGGGGCGACCCCCUGUCCCCUGAGAUGAACCGCAGAGGUGGACCUGGAGGUCUGCCAGGGUUGCCCAGCCUCACCCCUGCCCAGCAGUACAACCUGAAGGCUAAGUAUGCGGCGGCCACUGGGGGGCCUCCACCUACCCCACUGCCCAACAUGGAGCCGCCGGGCACACCUGGCAGGAGAGUGGGCUUCCUGAGCGACUACCAUGGCCAGCCUUUGCCAGCUUACCUCCAGCAAGGAGCUGGGCGUAGGCACAGCGCCAACACUGAGUACGGCACAGGGGUGAUAUAUCCUCACCAGGCGCCGGGCAAUGGCACCAGGCGAGCCAGUGACCCGGUGCGGUCGGGAGCCGCAGACCCUCAGGGCCUUCCCAAGGUGCAACGCUUCAGCAGUCUCAACAACGUGUCCAUGAUGAGCCACAGGAACGCCAACGUGAACCUGUCGCACUGCGGCUCUGACGCCAACAUCGCCCGACACAUGUACUCGCCACGGCCGCCCAGUAUCACCGAAAACGUCAUGAUGGAGGCCCUGGCUAUGGAGUCCCACGCAGGGGGUACAGAGGUCCGGGAGCAUGGCAUGAUGAUGGGCCCAGGGCACAUGGCUUACCAGCAACACCACCAUGGCCCAAACAGCCAGCUAUCCCCCAGCGGAGAGAGCAUGGGAUGCCCAGAUCAGGCUUACCAGUCCGGCCAGGCGGGCAUGCAGGGGCACUACAGAGGCCAGAUGGGACAGGCCGACAUGUCCAGCAGUCUGCUGCAGCAGGCGGAGUAUGGCAUGAGCACCUGCCAGCUCAGCCCCACGGGGCCAGCUUACCCCAGCCUGGCGCAGGGCGGAGAAGGCUUGGGAGGGCCGUGGGGGGGUGACAGCACCCAAGUCCAAAACCCCCAUGGUCCAAUGCCAGGAGGGAUGCAGUUCCAGGACCAGAGCAUGCAGGGCCCUCACUACCCUCAGCAGGGUGCGUAUAACAGCACAGACGGCUGCCACCAGAAGGUCACCAUCAAACCCGAGCAGCAGUUCCAUCCUUCCAUGUCAACCCACAGCGCCUGCCAGAACGCCAAGCCCCUGCUCCCCCAGCGGCAGCUCUCCCAGCCCGGCUCCAUGCCCCUCUCUCCUCAGGCCUACGCCCAGCAACAGGCGACCCAGGGCGUGAUGGCCGCCAGGCCCUCCAUUGCCAGCUGUGACUUCCAAGGCCAAAUGGAAACCCAGCAGCAGGGAUCCUUCCCCGGCAGAGGUGGGGCCCUGAGCCUCGGGUGCGCCGGCUCCUCUCUGGCCGAGGGCCGGAGGUCCCAGACGCCCAUGUUGCAGGUCAAGGAGAUGAUGGUGCGCAACUACGUGCAGUCACAGCAGGCACUCAUGUGGGAGCACCAGCUGGAACAGCAGAAGGUCGGCGUCUCCGACAGCAUGGACGUUAGCGGGCAGCACGGCUCCAUGAUGCAACAAAGCCCCCAGCAGCAGCAGCAGCAGCAGCAGCAGGCUCACAACAUGUACCCCCCCAACAAUUACCCAGCAUACCCCAACCAGAACCUUAUGAGCCCCCCUGCUGCACUCAGCCGUGGCCCCAGCUCGGUGCCCUCCAAGGAGCAGAUGGUGGGCGUGCCAGGCUCCUGCUACGGCCAGGAUAUAGUGCCCAGGCCGCCACAGGGGCGGAAACCCCUGAGCCGGCAGAACAGCCUCACCCAGGGCGGAGGGUACCUGGGCAGCCCGCCUCACCUCAGCCCGGCCCAUUCCACCGCGAGCCCCAGGAGGGCAGUCCGUCUCCCGCCGGUCCAGGCUCAGCAGCAGCAGCAGCAUCCUGACAACUUCCCCAGCCACAACAACAACAACAAUGGCCCGAUGUACUACUCUGGCCAGAUCCACAUGCACCACGACAUGGAGAAGCCGCUGUCCCACCCUAGCGCCCAGUCUGGUUCCUGCCUCAACCAGAUGGGGGUUGUUGACCCAGGGUCCAAGCCUCUGGUCUACCCCGAGACGGGGCCCAUCUCCAACACGCUGGAUAACUUGGACCUGGAGAACGCCCAGAUUGACUUUGCCUCCAUCAUCGACGACCAGGACCCUUCAUCCUACAGCCCCAUCAACCCUCCGCUGGGGCACCAGUCCUCCUCGCAGUCCUCGUCCCGUCUGACCACCCCCCAGAACUCAAUCACUCAGCCCUCUGGCCUGUCUAACAUGGCUGUGGGAGACAUGACAACCAUGCUGACUUCCCUUGCCGGGGAGAACAAAUACCUGAACACGCUGUCGUAGAGGGAGAGAGAGACUCACUCUGUUUUACAGUUCCACACACUUGGCCUGAAUGAGCUCAGAGACUCAUGGACUGACUAGAGCCCAGUGGCCUCCAGAUGAAACCAAAGGUGCCUAUCUAACUGUCUGUCUCUCUCCUUCACUGAGGAAAAGACAGCACCGCUUGUGCUCUCGAGGAAGAUGACCUUUUGUUUGUUUCCUCUGUUUUAUUUUGUGUCUGUUCGUUUUGUUUGUUUUUUGUUUGUUUUGUUUGAAAGUGAAUUCCAGAACUUUUCCACCGGGUGUCACCCAAAACCUGGGGCAUUCCAGAGACAGAUGGCAGGAAAAGGAAGCCGUGAUGCUGACAAUAAUAUGCGCAGUGUAAAUAGCCUAAACAUUUAUAUAUGCAUUUUAUAUGACGACGUUCAACAAGAAGAACUCAACAGCUUCAGCAAGUACCCCUGCAAGCCUGGAGGCAAACCUGACCUUGAAAGAGUGUAAACUUUGUCUUACUCUGUCUUAGGAGUGCCUAUAAUGACUGAAAACUGUAUAAUCCCAGGGAAACGUUUGCGGAAUAGUCACAAAUAGCAGUAUUGUAAAGACGCUAAUAUCAUCACAGUAUUCACAGAAAGAUACACAGGCCUGCUGCACACUCCACAGAAAGAAUGAAGAGUACUGGAGAAACACAUCAGAUUCAGACACAAACAGCAGAUGACAAAUUCUCUGAUAAGCUCAACAACAUUGAUCUGAUUUGCCAAGUGUCUUGGCCUCAUUGAAGUUACUGACUCCAAUGGCUCCAUUGUGGCUCCAUUAAGGACACUGGGGCUAGACACAAGAAGGGAGGGUCGGUCGAAACAAGAUGGACGUAGAAGAGGACAAAAUACAUGUUGUCCAUCUUGACCCGCUUCCUAAGCGAGACAGCACAGUUUUUCAGGCUGAAAUGAUCUGCUCAGCAAACCAUUCAUUCAGUCUCUGGGCAUUUUUCGCUGACAAGUCUCUUCUUAAUAUGAAACAGAAUUGCUUAUUUUGCAAGCCUAGUCAUGCAGUUUCUUCUAUUAAAAAAAGUCACAUUAUGGUUCUAUUGUUAAGCCGCUGUAAAUUUCUGCCAAGUUCAGUCAGGCGGUCCAGUCUCCUGACCACAACUCUCACACCAGCAAAGCUCACACCAUGCUAUUGCACUGACAGCAGCACUGAGUGACAAGAAGUUUGCUUUCGAGACGAGAAACACACACGUAGGUAUGUCACCCCCUACACUGUCAGAGCUCCCACUCAAACGCUAAUGUUCAGGACAUGUUUGGGGUGAACUGGUUGAAAUCUGUUCAGGGGAUGGGUUCUAGGUGGCUGCGUUCAAGCUUUGAAAGUUAAUCCAGCCCACAUCAGUACUGUAGUAGCUCGUGUCCUCUGACUUGGCAACGAGUAUAAUACGAACACUGAGAAGUUUCUCCCUCUCGCUGGGUAUGGCAUACCAAAGAUAUUUUAGAGUGGAUUAUAUUUGAACAAAAACUGUGCACCGGCGUCUACCUUGAAAAGAGUCGUAUCAGACACAGCAAUAAGUGACGUGAUCAUGGGUUGAUAGUGCGGUCACAUAGAAUGUAAUGUUUUGUGUACGGACGAAAUAACAUUUCCUUUUGUUUGUCAACGAAAAUAACAAUUACCCUUAUGGAUUUGCAUUUGUUUGUGUGUUUUUGUUAUCUCUCACAGUAUGAUCAGUUUUUGCUGGCAAAAGAACAUUAAUUUAGUAACAAAAGAUAUAAUAGUAGCAUUUACUACGCCUAUACAGGAAAGCCAGGUGAUAUAUUUUUGCGUACCAUUUUCUACAUUUUUUAUACAAAUGUACUAUAUUUUACCAAUUUAUAAAUAAACAUGUUCAGCCUGUGAUGGAUUCUAAA